ACGCAAAAUCAGUCUUAUUCUGGCGCUUGUAGACUGCAGACGCUAUCUAUCAGAUAUCACAGAUAAACCCAAGUAUUAGCAACCAAAGGAGCAAUCAUGUCGGAGGGCGAAUCCAAGUUUGGCUUCAAGGAUAUGGAGAAGGCGCUGGAGACUUUGAAGUUGCUGGAGGACCAUGACAUGCAGUAUCGCAAAUUGACAGUGCGCGGAUUGCUCGGCAGGGCCAAGAGAGUCCUUUCGAUGACCAAAGCGGAGGAGAAGCUGAAGAACAUAAAUGCGGCCAUCGGAGUCUUUGAGAAGUGGCUGGAGGAGAAUGGCGGAGGAGCGUCCAGCAAGAAUGCCAAGACCGACAGCGAGGACAAGGUGGAGACAGUGCCAGGACUGGGAUUCAAGGACAAGGCCGCUGCGGAGGCGACGCUGAGCAUUUUGGCGGAGCGAGAUCCGGACUACCAGAGGUUGGCCAUUAAGGGACUGAUUGGUAGCUCCAAGCGGGUACUUUCCGGCACCAAGAACGAGGACAAGAUCAAGGCCAUCAAGGAGGGCGUCCAGGUGCUGGAGGAUUUCUUGGAGAAGUUCGAGGCCGAAAACCGAAUCAAGGAGAACCGUGCCUACUUGCCACUGGCCGUGGUCACCAAGCUGCCGGACUCCAAGGAUGAUUUGGCCAGCGAGUUCCUGGAGGCUUAUGGCGGCUCCAAGGCCAAGGGAAACUACAAGCAUCUGCGCACCAUGUUUCCCAAGGCGGAUGAUGAGACCAGCUGGGACAUUGUCCGCAAUCGUCAGCUGACCAAGUUGCUGGAGAAGAUCAAGAGCGAGGAAGCCAAGCUCUUCGAUGCGGAAACGGGAGCUCCCACCGAUCUCCAUCUGCAGUUGAUCCACUGGGCAUACAGUCCGCAGCCGGAUAAACUGAAGCAGUACAUCGAAAAGCUGGCCAAGAAGACUCCGGAGAAACGCAAGCAGGAGAGCAGCAGCAGCAGUGCCAGUAGUUCUAGCCAGGAUUCCGAUGAGGAGGAUAAGCCCAAGAAGAAGAAGAAGAAGGAGGAGUGAGGUGCGAAUGAU